AUGGCUAUCUGGGGGUUGUUGUUUUUUAGCCGAUGUUCAGACUUUGUGCAUCACUCUAGACUUUUUACUAUCUCUGUGACAGAGAGUCAAGGUGUGUUGCUGAAAAAAGUCCGUGUUGCAGUUGCUCGGCAGGAAAAGAACAAAAGUUGCAUCAUGUCGUAUAGCCAGAAGCAGUCCGCAGUAGCCUUUGGUCAGGCAGUGAUUGGGCCUCCUGGCUCAGGGAAAACAACUUACUGUCUUGGCAUGCAGGAAUUUCUUUCUGCAAUUGGGCGCAAAGUAGCUGUGGUGAACCUGGACCCAGCCAAUGAGGGGAUUCCUUACCAGUGCGCUGUGGAUAUCUCGGAACUUAUCACCUUGACUGAUGUAAUGGAGAACUUGAAACUGGGACCCAACGGUGGCUUGAUCUAUUGCAUGGAGUAUCUGGAGGCCAACUUGGACUGGCUGCAGGAGAAACUGGCCCAAUUUAAGGGGCAUUACUUCUUAUUUGACUGCCCAGGACAAGUGGAGCUUUGUACCCAUCAUAGUUCAUUGAGAAACAUCUUUGCUCAGCUUGCUAAGUGGAACAUCAGGCUGGCAGCUGUCCAUUUAGUGGAUUCUCAUUACUGUACGGACCCCGGCAAGUUCAUCUCCAUUCUCUGCACUUCCCUCUCCACCAUGUUGCACGUAGAGCUACCCCACAUCAACGUCCUCUCCAAAAUGGAUCUAAUCGAGCAGUAUGGGAAACUGGCCUUCAAUCUCGAUUAUUACACAGAAGUUCUUGAUUUGUCCUAUCUAGUGGAUCACCUGGCUACAGAUCCUUUCUUCAAGAACUACCAGCAGUUGAACAAGAAGCUUGUGGAAGUGAUUGAAGACUACAGCUUGGUUUCCUUUGUUCCUCUCAAUGUCCAGGAUAAGGAGAGCAUGCAGCGUGUGAUGCAGGCGGUGGACAAAGCCAAUGGCUACUGCUUUGGAGACGCAGAGCACAGAAGCCUUCAAGCCCUGAUGUCUGCAGCAGUGGGAGCCGAUUUCCACUUCACAUCCACAUUAGCAGUCCAGGAGAAGUAUGUGCAGCCACAGGAGAAAACUGUGGAGCAGGAAACCAUGGACGUGUAGCAUGCCUGCUGCCUGCUGUAAACAGGCCACUGCAGCUGGACAGCUCCUCCCAUCCAAGUUGGUUUUCCAUGUGUAUUAACCUGAAACUGAAGAAGUACCCUGCAAGAUAUGGACUACCAAGAUGCAGCUUGUGCCUUUAGGUUCCUCCCACACAAUAACUUACUUUCUGGUGUACUUGGGAGCCUCUGUGCUUGAGGCAAAGAGGGGCCUCCCCACCAAAAACAAAACAGUUAGCUGUGAGCUGGGGUAUGGGCAGCUGCGAGGCACAGAAGAUGACCAGUGAAAUGGCAAAAGUAGGAGAUGUCUGCUGCCUGAAGGAAUUUUGCACCAAAGAUUGUCAGUGUGACCGCUCUGUUGUUUCAUUGAGAAGCAUGGAAUUCUGUUAACUUUGUACAACUGCAUUGGAGCUUGACUGACUUCUCUUCUGUGGAUGCCAAUGCUCUGCCUCUGUUUGGCGUUUCAAAGUGUGGAGAUGACAAGCAGUGAUGCUGGGCACUAGGGACAGGAGCACCCUCAAAGCCUCCUGACUCCACUUGCUGUGACCCCCCUCUAUAAAUGCCAGGUUUUGGCCAUGGCCUUCUAGGAGAUUCCUUCUGGUGGAGGGACUGCACAAUCCAUACCAGGCAUAGGCAAACUCAGCCCUCCAGAUGUUUUGGGACUACUACAACUCCCAUGAUCCCUAGCUAACAGGACCAGUGGUCAGGGAUGAUGGGAAUUGUAGUCCCAAAACAUCUGGAGGGCCGAGUUUGCUAUGCCUGAUCCAUACACUCUGUUCCAGACUUGUGUGUAUAUAUCCGCAUCUGGUAUUGUUCUUUUGGUAUGAAAAUGGCUUUCCUGCCCCACCCACAAUAACUGCAUAGAAGAGAAACAAUAUACACUUAAGACACCUUUAAAUAUAUCGUUACUACUACUACUCCUAUUUUGUUCUAUUUCCUACCCACCCUUUACCAUAAGGUCUCAGGGCCAGUUGCAGCCAUGUAAAAUUUAAUAUUAACAGCAAUUGAUAACAAGUUGCAGUCAGAAAAAUGGAGUGGGUCCUGUAAACAUUUCUCAAGUAUCAAAGGCCAGGGUAAAGGGUAUAUAUUUAGCAUUCAAUGGAAACUAUAUAAUGAAGGAGCCAGACACGCCCAUUUUGGGAGGGAAUUCUUUAACCUAGGAGCUGCCACAGAAUGCUCUCUCUUGAGCCACCACUCCUACCACCAAACAUAUGUGUGUGGUAGAAUUACCAAGAGGGCUCUGCUGGUAUUAAUACUCAAAAUGGGUUCUGUAGGGAAGCAGGCAGUCUUUUAGAUAUUUGUGGCCUAAAUUGUACAGAAGAAGCUUUCAUGGACUCGAAUCCCACUUCAUGGGAUGAGGGAUGGGAACAGUGAGUUCAGGUGGAAAGGAAAUAGAAUAAUGCAAAAUAAAAUCUAUGACAGUUAUAGUAAAUUUUACUAGGUAAAGCUUUAAAGAAAGCAACAACAACAAAAAGCACCAUGACCACAGCAAUCAUUGAUUAUCAAACUUUGCUAAAUCACUUAACACCUAUAGUGGGAAAGGAAUCCAUUAUCACAAUUCAAAUCACACUGGGCCAGGAAGCUGUUACCAGGAUUCAAACUGCAGGUGAAAGAACUGGAGUUCUUGAUCAACUGUAAUGUGGUGGUUGUAUGCUGGAGCCUUCCUUUGAAAAUGGUGUAGAGAGAAUUCCAGCAGGUGCAGCUUAUCUCAGUCCUGCAGCACUAAUGGGUAUUGUGUGGCACCUGUUACGAUGCCUGUACGGACAAAGUGAUUGAAUGGGCAUAUAUGGGUUAAGGUGAUCCUGCAAGUGAACAAUGGCUAUGUUCUACCUUCUCUGUUGGAGGCAGUAUGCCUCUGGCUACCAGUUGCUGGGAAUCACAGGACUCUGGUCCUGCUUGCUGGCUUCCCAUGGGCAUCUGGUUGGCUACUGUGAGAACAGGAUGUUGGACUUUGGCUUCCUCCAGCAAGGAUCUUGCAAGAGUGCUGCUGCCGGAGAAGCAUCUCAUCCACUUAACUGAGUACAGCUUUACUGGUGCCACAAGGGGUUGCUGUUGCAAGGAACAGGUAGGAGGACUCUGCUGGGUGUGCCUAGGACUGAAACCAGUCUCCAGCACAAAACUUUGCGGACAAAGAUGGCCUUAGGCUUGUUCUCAUGGUCUGUGUCAUUAUGAAUGGGGAUCCCCACCAAAAGGGGGGGGGGCAAGCCUGCAGAACUGUCUUGAGUCUUACUUUAAAAAAUUAAAAUCUGGUUGCUGAUGUGUUUGAAUUAUAGCAUGAGACAUACACUGCCUGCUGAAAUCAUUACAGUCACUUGUUUUAUCAUACCUCAGAGUGGAAAGUCAAAUGCUAAGCAUGUAAGAACAGACACAUUUGCCUUGCUAGAUCUAUUCGAACAUGGCAGAGGCUGCAAUUUUUACAAUCUCUUGAGUUUGUUGCUGAUAAGAGCCCUCUGGUCUCAAUAUAGAUCUUGGGUAUUGCUGUGGAUAUUUUCUAAAGCUUGUAUAUAAUCAUUGUUAAUGCUAGUUACAGGUAGGUAGCUGUGUUGGUCUGAGUCGAAACAAAAUAAAAAAAUUCCUUCAGUAGCACCUUAAAGACCAGCUAAGUUUUUAUUUUGGUAUGAGUUCGUGUGCAUCCGUUUCAGUGUAUCUGAUGAAGUGUGCAUUGUUAAUGCUGUAAGCAAUUUUUAGAACUCUAUAAGUAUUUGCCCAGUCAGUGAAUUCUUGUCCUUGACACCAAUGAGGUGAAACUGGAUUGAGGACAUAGUUGCUGAGGUAAACCAAAUAGCUUGUCCUCAGGAGAAGCUUCUGGAAAUCACUUGGCUUCCCUUUUGUCCUUACGCUUAAGAUACCUCGGCUCACUAAUACAGUCCCAGAAUGGCAGGAUGGAAUUUCUCUUUUCUGUUAACUCACAGCUACUUUACUGUGUGAAAAAGUUGCAUAAGAAAUGCCUGAGAGGGAAGUGUGGUAAGAAAGCGAGUUGCACUAAGAAAGGACAUUAAGGGGGGGGGGAUGCUGAAGGAGGCCCUGUCAGGAGACACAGCAAGCCAAAGUCUGUAAACCGCCCUGAGGUCUUAUGACGAAGGGUGGUAUAUAAAUCUAAUAAAAAA